GUGGGCGCUGACCUCAACUUCGGCCUGAUGCCCUACGGCCAGUGGUGGCGACGACACAGACGGGCGUUCUGGCAGCACUUCCGUCCGGACGCGGUUCUGGGCUACCAGCAGGCGCAAUGUCAGAUUGCGCGGAGGUUCCUGCGUGCACUCUUGCAAGACCCAUCAGAACUAGUGGAGCACAUACAGUAUACCGCGCUAGGGUCACUGAUGAAGGUCAUUUAUGACAUUGAUGUUGUGCGUGAAACCGACUUCAGGACAUAUUCGUCCGUGCUCCACUCGGUCCAGCAAGGUGUAGGUGAAGUAUUCCAACCUGGGUCAUCCCUGAUUGAGUACUUUCCGGUCCUGCGAUGGCUACCUUCGUUCCUCCCCGGUGGAUCGUACGUUCGGAGAGCAUCUAAAUGGCGGUCUUCUGCAUAUCACCUCAGGGAAGAGCCGUUUGUACGAGCACAGAAGACAUUCCAGUCGGUAAGCAGCGUUGCUUUCUUGCAUCGGCUUCUCAAGCGCGUUGCUGCAUCCGCGUCUGAGAGCGCGGCCUUGGUGUCUGAGGAAACGGAGAUCGCUGAAAACGUCGCGGCUGUUUCCCUCUCGGGUACGUUACCGUUUACCUACUCACUGUUACAAGCAUUUUUCCUAGCUAUGUCGCAACACCCCGACGUAGUAAAGAAAGCCCAAGAAGAACUAGAUUCAGUCGUCGGCAACAAUCGCCUGCCCGACUUUGGAGACCAAGACAAACUGGUGUAUUUGACGGCUAUCGUGAAGGAAACUCUUCGGUGGCAUGUCGUGGUUCCUUUCGGAGUGCCACAUUGCACGACCCGUGAUGACGAGCUUCGGGGCUACUACGUUCCCGCAAACACCGUUCUGCUUCCCAACAUCUGGUGUGUGGCGUGCUUACACGACCCGGAGGCCUACCAAGAUCCUGAAGACUUCCGCCCGGAGCGUUUCAUACGAGAUGGGAAGCUUGAUCCGUCCGUGCGCGAUCCCUCUGCAUUUGCGUUCGGCUUCGGAAGGAGGCGAGUGGUCUGUCCUGGACGCCACUUUGCAGAGGCCGCUCUGUUCAUCAAUAUUGCCUCAGUAUUGCACGUCUUCGACAUCGGCCCACCCCUUGACGGAGCCGGCAAACCUAUCAAAAUUCAAUACAAGAUGACGAAUGGAUUCCUGUCGUACGCGUCAACCUCCGAAUCUUACGUGGGGAUGGCGAACUCACCUCGCUAUGACAGGUACCCAGAGGACUGUCGUUGCUCGAUCGUGCCACGCUCUGCUCAAGCGGAGAGAUCGAUACGAGAAGCCCAGUAG